AACCCCUUUUCUCGUCGAGCAGGGAAAAUGAGCAACGAACAGGUCUGCCGUUACUUCCUGGAGGGAAGAUGCCGCUUCGGAGCUAGGUGCCGCUAUAGUCACGAGACGGGGCGCCAAGCCGGAGGUCGAGGCGGACAAACCAGUAAUGCGUCUUUUCCCGAAGCCAGACGUGGUUACGGAUAUGACCACCGCGAGGCAGGGAGGGACAGUAACAGAUUCGAGCACUUCAACUCAGGUGGUUAUGGAGGAGGGGAAAUGGGGGCGUGGCGGGUUUGGUGGUUACAGCGACGGAGGUGGGGGUUAUGGAAAUAGAGGAUUUCGUGGUGGCUAUAGCGACAGAGGAGGGGGUUAUGGAAAUAGAGGAUUUCGUGGUGGCUAUAGCGACAGAGGAGGGGGUUAUGGAAAUAGAAGACCUGUUGGUGACUAUAGCUACAGAGGUGGGGAUUAUGAAAAUAGAGGAUUUCGUGGUGGCUAUAGCGACAGAGGUGGGAGUUAUGGAUUUCGUGGUGGCCAUAGCGACAGAGGUGGGAGUUAUGGAUUUCGUGGUGGCCAUAGCGACAGAGGUGGGUAGUUAUGGACCUUCAAACACCAGUUCAUAUGGAGGACCAGGAGGCGGUUAUGGAAAUAGAGGACCCUCGACCUCAGAACCUACUUCACCCGAAGAACUUGCUCAGGUGAUCCGGGAAGACAUGGAGACAUGGACCGAGUCCCAGAUGUGGCCGUUCAGCUGCUACUCCUGCCAGCGAGAGGGGAGGUGUGUCCCGAGAUUUGUCGACACUUCGCCAGAGGAGCUGCGGUGGAAGGCCUAUCAGGCAAUGCAGGACCCGGCAGCUCAGACCGCCUACCACGCCGAGCUGAGCAGUCUUCACGAGCAGGCAAUGAGCGCCAGGAGAGAGCUAAUGGCAAUCACUCCAAUAAUUGUUCAGAGUUUGCUCUCUGGAGAUGGAGGAACUGCCUCGUCGUCGGCCAUCUCUCCCUCCGCCCUCUUCCAGACUCCUCAGGAACAACCUUCCAUCUUUGGUGCAGUGACAGACGGAAGCAGCAAAAGGUCUCCGUUUGCCAGUUCACCGGAUGCUCCCGCGAGCUUGUUCGCUGGACCAUCCGGAACCUCAAACACUGCGAAUGGAUCGUUAGCACAGGGGUCUUUGUCAAUUGCAGAACAACCAACAAUACCAGAAGCAUCCUCAACCCAGCAGUCCACCAUCACAGUCAGUUCAACAGUGACAACAGCUCACCAGCUAACAGAAGAAGAGCUGAAGGCUUUCAAAGCCGAACACUUUCACUGGGGAAGAUUCCCGAAACUCCACCCCCUCCAGAACUAGUUUAACCCUGCUCCAAAACUUCAAAUUCCACUCCGUAUUUCUGUUCUGUAAUGAUUUUGCACACUCGUGCGUGGUUUUCUUCACGAUCUGCCCGUAAAUGCCUCACUCAUGACCUAAUUAAGCC